AUGUGCGAGUUGGACUUCGAGCGCAUCGACACGGACAAGGGAACUCGCCUCACGCUCAUCGAUGCUGAAUCAGGUGUUCAAUUCAAGUCGAUUCGAGUAAAGUUCCAGCGUUUGGACGAGCUUCGUCGGAAACAGUAUGUUUUUCACUUGACGCUAUGGGACCCGAAGAAGAAGAAAGGAUCUGGUUCGAAGGAGCGGUUUCGGGUGGGGGGCGUCUACGAAUUUAGGAAGAUCCACUCGGUUCACUACUUUGCUGAAGCUGCUCAAGGUAGUUUGCAGUCGAUUGACCCAGGAACGGACAAUCGUGUUCAAGAGGUAUCCGUCGUUGAAGGCAACAAACGCAGAAGCAUGAAUGAGGGUUCUUCGACCAUUCAAUGCGAAGACAGCUUGGCAAUGGACGAUGAUGAAGCGAAGGCUAGUGCGGAAGGUGAUGAUUUACUUUAG